UGCUGCACUCGGGCGAGUAUUUCCUCUUCGAGUCGGACAGCGAGGAGGAGGAGGCCGGUGUGGAGGAGCAGAGGCCGGCCAAGCAGAGAGCCUUCCAGGCCACGGUCGGGCUGGGGGGCAGAGCAGCCCCUGCCCCUCCUGACCCCAGCUUCCCCCCCGCAGCGAGGAGCAACGUGGUGCAGCGGGCGCUGAACAUGGGGCGUUUCCUGUGGGUGCUAGUCCAGGCCACGGUGGACGGGCUCACCCAGUGGCUCCGCGCCUUCACCAGGGAGCACCGGGACAUGUCCACCGUCCUGUGGGUGGAGAGAUACGUCCUCACCCAGAAGCUGGCCCAGGGAGACGAGGUGCACAGGGGGGUCCUGGACGGCCUGUACCAGCCGGCGCCGGGCGACGAGACGGGUCUGCUGGUGGCCACCAUUGUGGAGUCUCCCAACAGCAUGGCUUCAAGGCAGGUGCAUAGAUGGCCCGGGGGGGCCAGACAGGGGUGGCGCAGCCCAAAGCCGGGUUCCUCUGCUUUCCCGGCUCCCCCUCCCCUGCCCAUGCCAUCCUUCCCCCACGGCUGCUGCUCCCCCCUGUGCUGCAGCGGCAUGACCACCAGGGGGCAGUGCAGCCCCGGCCGUGGCGCCCCCCAGGAGCUCCUGCUGUAUCCCGAGAACCGGCCCCGGACGGCCAGCGAGCUGCUCUCCAACAGACAGGCCUACUUCGAGGAGCUGGAGGAGUCGGAACGGUUCUACCAGGCGCAGAACCGCUUCCUCCGGCUGCUGCUGGCCCUCUACCACUUCGUGGCCGCCCAUUCCGAGCUGCUGUGCUACUUCAUCAUCAUCCUCAACAACAUGGUGUCCGCCUCCGUCAUCUCCCUCGUCCUGCCCAUCCUGGUCUUCCUGUGGGCCAUGCUGUCCAUCCCGCGGCCGAGCAAGCGCUUCUGGGUGAUGGUGGUGCUGAAAUACCUCUGCCAGUUCGGGUUCUUCCCCUGGAACAGCUACGCCCCCAAGCCAUUCUUCCCCCCGCGCAUCCUGGGCCUGGAGAAGACCGACCGCUACAUCAAGUACGACCUGCUCCAGCUGAUGGCUCUGUUCUUCCACCGCUCCCUUCUGCUGUGUUAUGGCCUGUGGGAUAACAAGGAGGACGCCUUUGCCAAGUGGAAGCGCGAGGCCGAGCGGGCGGCGGAGGAGAAGCAUGAGGCACCGGAGCAGCUGGCCAGGCCCGACAGGGGGGACGGGGCGGAGGUGGGAGCCCCCGCCCCUGGAAGAGGGGGCUGGGGAGGGGGAGAAGGGGACCCACCUGCGCUUCCGGAAGAAGAAGGAGAAGAGGCGGUGGAGCAAGAAGUGGAAGGCGGUGGAAGUGAGGAGGAGGCAGAGGUGGAAGUGGAGGCGGAGGCGGAGAUGGAGACGGAGACGGAGGCAGAGAAGAAGCAGAGCCCAUCCCGGGAGAAGCUAAAGGCAGCUGGGCUCAGAGUCAAACUCUUCUUCCUCACUGUGCCGGAGGCCUUCCUGGUCAUGCUGCUCAUCCAGUUCUCCACCAUGGUCAUCGACCGGGCCCUCUACCUCCGCAAGACCGUGCUGGGCAAGCUCAUCUUCCAGGUCCGUCCCACCUCCUCGCUGUCGGACGACCAGGUGCCGGAGGCCUUCCUGGUCAUGCUGCUCAUCCAGUUCUCCACCAUGGUCAUCGACCGGGCCCUCUACCUCCGCAAGACCGUGCUGGGCAAGCUCAUCUUCCAGGUCUUCCUGGUCUUCGGCAUCCACCUCUGGAUGUUCUUCAUCCUGCCGGCGGUCACCGAAAGGAUGUUUAGCCUGAACCCGGUGGCCCAGCUGUGGUACUUUGUGAAGUGCAUCUAUUUCGCGCUGUCGGCCUAUCAGAUCCGCUGUGGCUACCCCACCCGCAUCCUGGGCAACUUCCUGACCAAGAAAUACAACCACCUCAACCUCUUCCUCUUCCAAGGGUUUCGCCUGGUGCCCUUCCUGGUGGAGCUGCGGGCCGUGAUGGACUGGGUCUGGACAGAUACCACCCUGUCCCUCUCCAACUGGAUGUGCGUGGAGGACAUCUAUGCCAACAUCUUCAUCAUCAAGUGCAGCCGGGAGACCGAGAAGAAAUACCCGCAGCCCAAGGGCCAGAAGAAGAAGAAGAUCGUCAAGUACGGCAUGGGCGGCCUCAUCAUCCUCUUCCUCAUCUGGUUCCCUCUGCUCUUCAUGUCGCUGGUGCGCUCCGUGGUGGGCGUGGUCAACCACCCCAUCGACGUCACCGUCACCCUCAAGCUGGGGGGCUACGAGCUGCGGCGGGAGCUGCUGAACGGCUCGUCGGACAUCACGCUGCGCUUCACCUGGAACUUCCAGAGGGACCUAGGCAAGGGGGGCACCGUGGAGCACACCUUCGAGAAGCACACCACCGACCUGCUGCCCGGCCCCCCAGUCCGCACCGAGCUGGCCAACCUGCUGCAGGAGACCAGGGACGCCCCCCCGGGCUCAGGGCUUCCCGCUGUCGUGCUCGAGGGGGCCCGUCCCCACCCUCCGCUCCAGCCCGGCAGCCCCAGGGGCAGCCCCCCCCAGCCUGCGCUGACCCCGCCUCCCCCUGGCAGGAUCAUGGGCCUGUACGUGUCCAUCGUGCUGGUGAUCGGCAAGUUCGUGCGGGGCUUCUUCAGCGAGAUCUCGCACUCCAUCAUGUUCGAGGAGCUGCCGUGCGUGGACCGCAUCCUCAAGCUGUGCCAGGACAUCUUCCUGGUGCGCGAGACCGGCGAGCUGGAGCUGGAGGAGGAGCUGUACGCCAAGCUCAUCUUCCUCUACCGCUCGCCCGAGACCAUGAUCAAGUGGACGCGGGAGAAGGAAUAGCAGGGACACGCCGUGACCUGCAGGCUGGGAGCCCUGGGCCCCCCGGACCCCUGCAGCCUUAACCCAGCCCCGGGGGCUGCAGGCCUGAGCCAGCCCCGUCCCCUGGCCUGCCAGGGACACCAGCCCUGCCUGGGGGGCGGAGCGGUGCCCUGCGCCACCCGCAGGGGAGCCUGGCCUUGUGCUUUUUAAAGGAAGUUUCUUAACUGCUUUAUUCCCGGCAGCUGGGGGCAGUGCCCGCUGGGUGGGGGGAGACGCCUACCCGGCCCCACCUCAGUGCCUUGCUCGCAGCCCAGAGCAGGGGGGCUCUGGAUCCCAUUCAGCAGCUGCUCCUGCCCAGGGAAGAUGAUGGUCGUGGGCCCCCUGAACUCCCCGCUGCACCUGCCUCUCCACUCCUGCAGCGGCAACUCCCAGCCAGCCGGCCACGGUCAGCUGGCCCAGGUGCUCGGUGCCCUGUGAAGCCGGUUGCGGUCACACUCCGAAGCAAUACUCCUCCCCCAGCCGUGUACCGGCCAGC